AUGAAGGCUGCUGCUCUCCUCAGCCUGACGGGCCUUGCCGCCAACACUUUCGCUCACCCCAAGGGACGCCACCCCCAUGAUGCCUCUCUAGACAAGCGAGGUGUUGACCUGAGCAAGUUCCGCAUGCCUGAGCUCUCGGAUUACACUGUGUCGACCAAGGCCAAGUCUCAUCCAACUGUCAGCGCUAUCAGCAAGAGAGGGGACUAUGUUGGUGCUGCCACGCAGCUCGUCAAAACCGUUCUCCCCAACGCCCAAUUCCGCCUCGUCGACGAUCACUAUGUCGGUGCGGACGGUCUGGCCCACGUCAACUUCAAGCAGACCCUCCAUGGCAUCGACAUCGAUAACGCCGACUUCAACGUCAAUGUCAGCCCUGAUGGCACCAUCUUCUCCUACGGAAACAGCUUCUUCAAGGACAAGCUGCCAAGAGAGAAUCCUCUCAACAAGCGAGCCUUCACCGACCCUGCUGCAGCUUUAAAGGACGUCGUCAAUAUUCUUGGACUUCCCGUUGAUGCCAGCAAGGCAAGGGCUGUGGCCCGGCAGGGUCGCGAAACCUACAUCGUCAAGGGCACCAAAGGCGCUGUUAGCGACCCGGCGGCCAAGCUAGUCUAUUUCACCAAGGAGGAUUCCUCCCUCAGCUUGACCUGGAGGAUUGAGACUGAUAUCCUGGACAACUGGCUGUUGACAUAUAUUGAUGCCGACGAUGGUAAAAAAAUCCACGGGGUCGUCGACUAUGUUUCUGAUGUUGCUGCUCUGCAGGUCUAUCCCUGGACCGUCAUGGAUCCCACUCAGGGAGAUCGCUCCGUGCAGACAGAUCCAUGGAACAUUGUUACCUCCCCCUUUACUUGGUUCAGCGACGGCUCCAGGAACUAUACCACGCUCUGGGGCAACAAUGGUGUCGCGCAGACCAACUACGAUGGGCACAACAACGUCAAUGACUACGCCAACAGCUACCGACCAACCUCUGCCAGCUUGAGAUUCGAGUACCCUUACUCCACCUCCCAGUCCGAAAAGUCGUCCUACCGGGAUGCUUCCAUCACCCAGCUAUUCUACACUUCCAAUACCUACCAUGACUUGCUGUACACCCUGGGCUUCAACGAGCCUGCGGGCAACUUCCAGACCAACAACAACGGCAGAGGCGGCAGAGGCAACGAUUUCGUGGUCCUCAACACCCAGGACGGCAGUGGCACCAACAAUGCCAACUUUGCCACCCCUCCCGACGGAUACCGUGCCCGCAUGAGAAUGUACAUGUGGACAAAGAGCAGCCCCAACCGCGACUGCAGCUUUGAGCCCGACGUGGUCCUGCACGAGUACACCCACGGCCUCUCAACUCGUCUUACAGGCGGGCCCGCCAACUCUGGCUGCCUGAGCGGUCUCGAAUCCGGCGCCAUGGGCGAGGGCUGGUCCGACUUCAUGGCCAUCGCCGUCCUCGCCCGGUCCACCGACACUCGCACCAAGGACUUGCCCCUCGGCGCCUGGAUCAGCAACAACCCCAAGGGCAUCCGGACCUACCUCUACUCCACCAACAUGAGCACCAACCCGCUCACGUACGCUGCCGCCAACCGGCAGAACGAGGUCCACGCCAUGGGCGAGAUCUGGGCCACCACCCUGUACGAGCUGUUCUGGAACUUGGUCGACAGGCACGGCAUCACCGCGGACAAGUACCCGACCUUGAACAGCAAGGGCGUCCCCACGGACGGCCGCUUCCUCUCCAUGAAGAUUGUCAUGGGUGGCAUGGCCGUUCAGCCGUGCAACCCCAACAUGGUCUCCGCUCGCGACGCGAUCCUCGACGCGGACAAGCAGCUCACCGGUGGUGCUAACGAGUGCGCCAUCUGGGGAGCCUUUGCCAAGCGUGGCCUCGGUACUGGUGCCAGGUACAACGGUGGUAGCAACCGCGUGGAAAGCUUCGCGCUCCCCCUUGGCUGCUAA